UAUCAUAAUUUCAAGAUCAAAGCUCCACGUGGAACACCGCUUGUUAUUCAAAGUGAAGACGACGACACGUAUGACUCGCAUGCACUGGCUUGUCUUCUUCCACGAGAAAUGGAACGCAUUCCAGAGGCUCUACGAGAAGUCCAGAUUUUCAGCAAAUCGCAGAGAAAGACAUACACUUUAGGAGAUGUCAAAGGGCAGCAGAUCGGCACGGUUCAGCACUUUCUAAACAUACAGCUGCAUGCUUUGCUUCGAUGUGGCAAAAUAACCAGGAAUUGAAGGGUGAGUUACUGUUUUCUUGCUUUACUGUUACUUUUUCGUAAAGGCUUGCUGGACUGAAAUUGAUAAUGUCUAUUUAAAAAUCGGAAAGAAGCAAGAUAUUGUCUUUCCUCGACCUAUACUGGAGAGAAAUGAAAUUGUCCCGAUUCCGCGAUCUCACACCUCACUCGUCCCAAUUGUUAUCAGUGCGCGUUAUUUGGUUCAACUUUAUUUAAUUGGUUUUCUUGUAACCCAAAAUAGGGAAAUCAACGGAGAACGGACAGUAACAUCGAGGUCAAGCUUUACCCAGAAGUUCUCCAGAUACAAACAGGCUGGCGGAGGAGCUUUUAUUCCUGUGACGCUCUUGGUGGAAGGACCACAGCGUUACAAAGAAUUUGUGCUAGAAAGAAUCCGCUUUACUCUUCCAGAAUGCGAGAAUGUCGAGGACAUGCAUGUUGAAUGUUUGAAAUAA